AAUGCAGCCUUCCCAGAAUCCCGCGGGGUGGGCAAGAUGGCCCCUUCCAGGAGCUCGUGGGGCUGCUCCUCGAGAGUAAACCUCUUUUCCACCCGCUAGGCUGGAAGCUGCUGUGGUUGUUGCUGCCGCUCGAUUGCCUAGAGAUGGGCCCACUGCAUUUUUGCUUUCUUCCAGAUAUGACCAUGGAGACGUGGGACAGCCUCUAUGCUCACUUGGCCUUCUUGUGGCUGAACAGAUUCUACUUGUACUCUGGAGCGGUGUUUGGGAUCAGCCUUUGGCUCUGCAUCCAGUUUGUCAGUAAGACCAAAAAGCAGAAUAGAAAUCAGCUCAGAAAAUCAAGCCUUCCCCAAAUUGCUACAGAAGGGCUUGUAGAAGAGCAGAAAGGCCCCAGCACUGACAAAGUCCAUGUCACUGGGGUGAAGAUUUUUUUUGGUUCUCAAACUGGAACAGCAAAGAGAUUUGCGUCAAUACUUGCUGAGUCUGUUGCCUCCCUUAACUUGCCUGCCGAAGUCAUCAACAUGAAGGACUAUGACCCCGACGACUGUCUAGGAGACGAGACAAGCAGCAAGAACAUCUGCGUCUUCUUAGUUGCCACUUACACAGAUGGGAAGCCAACAGAGAAUGCCGUGUGGUUCUGUAAGUGGCUAGAAGAAGCAUCCAGUGACUUUCGAGUCGGCAAAACGUACCUGAAGGGCUUGAGAUAUGCCGUCUUUGGCCUGGGGAAUUCUCUCUAUGCCGAUCACUACAACACCGUGGGCAGGAGCGUGGACAAAUGGCUGUGGAUGCUAGGGGCCCGGCGGGUCCUCUCCUGCGCCCUGGGGGACGCCAAUGUGGUGAAGAGCAAGCAUGGGAGCCUGGAGGCCGACUUUGAGGCUUGGGAGGCCAAGUUCCUGGCCAGGCUCCAGGCCCUCUGCAGAGGGGAGAAGGCGGCCUGCAGAGGGGAGUGUAAGAAGGGCAAGUGCCGCUCCAAGAGGAAAGCUGGGCAGGAGACAUCGUUGGAGCAGGAGCAGAGGGAGGAGGUGGCGGAGGAGGAGCUUUUUGAGACCACGAGCGAAGAGGAUUCUGGCAAUGAAGAGGGAGAGGGUGCGAACCAGAUGGUGGAUGUGGAAGACCUGGGCAGAGUCAUGGGCCACAUGAAGAAAGCCCAGAGAGAGCGUGAGCUGGACCAAGAGGUUGAGAAGACGGGGCGGCUCCAGCGGAGAGGAGAGGAUGCCUUGAGAGAGAUGAUCACGCCAGCUUUGCGGGAUGCCCUCACGAAACAAGGCUACAAGUUGAUUGGGAGCCACUCUGGAGUGAAGCUCUGUCGGUGGACAAAGUCGAUGCUCCGUGGGAGAGGCGGCUGUUACAAGCACACCUUCUAUGGCAUUGAGAGCCACCGCUGCCUGGAGACCACGCCCAGCUUGGCUUGCGCCAACAAGUGCGUCUUCUGCUGGAGGCACCACACAAACCCUGUGGGCACGGAGUGGCGAUGGAAAAUGGACCCUCCCGAAAUGAUCUUGCAGGAGGCCAUUGAGAACCAUCAGAGCCUGAUCAAGCAAUUCAAAGGCGUCCCGGGCGUGAGGAACGACCGUUUUGAAGAAGGGAUGGAGCCCAAGCACUGUGCCCUGUCGCUUGUUGGGGAGCCAAUCAUGUACCCCGAAAUCAACCGUUUCCUAAAGCUGCUCCAUCACAAGAACAUUUCAAGCUUCCUCGUUACAAAUGCACAGUUCCCAGAGGAAAUCAGGAGCCUUGAACCUGUGACGCAGCUCUACGUCAGCGUCGACGCAGGCACCAGAGACAGCUUGAAGAAGAUCGACAGGCCUCUCUUCAAGGAUUUCUGGCAGAGGUUUCUGGACAGCUUGCAAGCCUUGGCAGAAAAGCAACAGCGCACUGUCUAUCGGCUCACGCUGGUGAAAGCCUGGAACGUGGAGGAACUGAAGGCCUACUCUGACUUAGUGUCUCUUGGCAAACCGGAUUUUAUCGAGGUUAAAGGUGUGACCUACUGUGGAGAAAGCUCAGCCAGCAACCUCACCAUGGCCAACAUCCCGUGGCACGAGGAGGUGGGGCACUUUGUCCAGGAGCUGGUCGACCUUCUCCCGGACUACGAAAUCGCCUGCGAGCAUGAGCACUCCAACUGCCUCCUGAUUGCCCACAAGAAGUUCAAGAUCAGCGGGGAGUGGCACACCUGGAUCAACUAUGAUCGCUUUCAGGACCUCUUUCGUCAGUACGAGCAGAGCGGGGGAGCCAAGACGUUCACCUCGGCUGACUAUGUUGCCCCGACUCCUCAGUGGGCUGUCUUUGGGGCAAAGGAAAGGGGCUUUGACCCAACGGACACCCGAUUCCAACGGAAGAACAAAGCCAAGGACAUCUCAGGGUGUUGACACUCUCAAAACAGCAACAGCCAGAACUCCUUUUAGAGCCACAGUCUAGACAAGCCUUCACCUUCCAGUUGAUUUGGACUACAACUCUCAUCAUGCUGGCUGGGGGAUGAUGGGAAUUGUAGUCUCGAGAACGCCAGGUUGGUUUAAGAUCAUUUCAGGGAGAUUUUAGCAUUUACAUUAGCCUCGGAAACUUUUGCAAGGAGGUCUUUGAUAACCACCAGACAAAUAUGAGGCGGGUUCUCAUCUUCUACUCUACUCACUGAUGAGCAAUGUGCUUUCGAAGAAGCAGGCAAGAACAAUUUGUCAUUUUUGAGCAAAAGGUAACCCUGAAAACUUUGUGCCUCCCAACCCCCCCCCCCAAGCGGGGGCAAUAACUGCACCUGGUUCCGUUUGCAGUCCUGGAAACCCAGUGCUGCCUUUUUGCCUUCUCACUUGAUCCCUUCGGUGGUCAGAUUCCUGCCACGUAGUCAAUGGUUCCAUGGGUUUCUGUGUGCGAAAUUCGCACCCCUGAACAUUCCCCAGUUGCAUUUCCACAGGUGAUUUUUGCUCCAAGUUUUAUACAGCACUGUGGGGUGGAGGGGAGGUAGGAAGAUCACAGACCCCACCAAAAUGACCCUUGGCAUGCUUCGUUCCUCCUGAUUGUGGAUGGUGGAGUUUGUCCCAAAGGGGGCUUUGGAGUCUCUCCAGACUGGGGCCCUGCAGGAACAUGAGGGAACUGUGUUUCUGGUGUCACGCCUGAAGCAAAAAGCCAAGCCCUUGAACUCUACGCUACCUUUGGGGUCUCUGUUCUUUGGGUUACCUGACUCCGCUCUCAGGAAACGGAAAACAAAGUUGCCUUAAAUUUGGGUGCUGGCAGCUUAUCAAAGGUCUGUCUCGCUUAACUGGAUUCUGCCACACUUGAUCUGGUUUAACCACCACGGUGUGCUUACACUAAGGCAACGUUCACCCCUUACAUUUAGGGCAGCCCUACAUAUAGAGCCAUCUGAUACCGCUUUAGGAUGGAAAGCUUCAACACUCUUAACAAACUACAGCUCCCAGGAUUCUUUGGGAGAGGGAGAAGCUAUGACUGUUUAAAAUGCUUUAAAUAUAUGGUGUCAAUGGUCUCAGUCCGUUGCUCCACUUGGAAUUCUGGACAUUGUAGUUUUGGGUGAUCCUCUGCAGAAGCUUUCCACAGGACUCGCUUCUGGCUCCCAUAGGGAGGGAGCUUGUUUCUGUCUGUGUUUAAGACAAGCACCGCCUGAGCAGGGAUAAAAACGCUUUCCUGUGCUUCUGGUAGACGAGAUGGAUUUUGGAACAUUUCUUUGUUAAUGGAGGUCAUUAUAUAUUUCCUCAUACAGAAUUCUAAUUGGCUGCACAGAUUUCCCAAUAUGUUGCCUUAGGCUGUGCUGCAUUAAUGUGAAAUUCCCCUUUUGGCUGAAGAGAUCAAAUAUCUGCGGCUACAACCAUAGAAUCCUCAUGUGUGGGUCAGGGAACGUUUUUGAAACAUUUGCUUCAGUUGCUCAGGCACUGGAAGAGGCAAGCAAGUUUUAAAUGGAAUAAUAGCUCCUUGCUUGUUCUGCCCGGGGCUACCACAGGAAAUGUUUGGACUCUGGGCCUGAUUUGUCCCACCAGGCCUCUCCAUUUACCCUAUGAGGCCAUUCCGGAUGAGCCACGCCCAUAUGACGUUAGGAAAUGAUGCGGCUCCCUGCUGAAGGCGGGAUUUGUAGGCACUGCCCAUCAGCAGAUCAUCUGCAGCAGUCUGUUCCUUUGCUUUUUGAGGUUUGAUUUCAAACCACUCAGGCAAAGUAAAAUGAGCUGCCUGAUGCCAUUGAGGGGGUGGCUGAAUCCAGUUCCUGGGGCUGCAGUAAAAACUAUUAACCCACCUCUGGCUUGUGUUAUUACUCUCCCAAAUCUGAACACAUUUCUGUCUAGGAAUUGUGCCAUGCGAAAAAUGAAUUUUCUGCAGCAAUGCCAUGUUUUGGGGUCCCCUUCUGGGCCUUGUCCUCUGUUAUCUACCACUGUUUGAUUUUAUUACACUGGUCUUUUUAAAAUAGAUAUUGCGUUACAAUUUCCCAACCUUGUGAGGUAAGUUGGGCUGAGAGGCUGUGGCCCCUCACAGUCACCCCCAAUGAGCUUCAUGGCCGAGUGGGAGCCCUGCUCUCCAUCCUUCAGGUGCUCAAAAACUCUCGUUUCACCCCCAGUUCAGAAAUCCCAGCGUUCAUCCAUGCUGUUUGGAAUGUGAUGGGCAUAAUCGACAACCCGGAUUUCUUCAAUAAAAAGGCUGUUCUUUACCCAGCGGGAAGGAUAUAGCACUCCCCAGGGUCCAAUUAAGUUGUUAAAAAUUACGCAUUUGGCCUUUCCAUUUUUUAUCUGCCUUUAGCUAAAGCUAACUUUUGAUAUUGCUGUUGUGGUAAAAUGAUAAAACCUUUACAAGCUAAGAUAAAAGAGGCCCAAAUGCU